GUCAAAGCCCAGUCCCCAGCCGAAGCAUAUCCCCCCGGAAAAACGUCUCAUAGCACACACGAAAACUAAUAGCAAUACACACAAUGGCCCAGUCUAAAACGAAUCAAGAGGUCCUACAGUUUCUGCAAGACCUCGACAACAUCGUCCCCACAGAUGACCCCGCCCUCCCCACCGCCGGGGACCUAGCCACAACCACCGGAACCGCCGCCACGACCGACACACACUCAUCCCAAGAUGUGCUCAGCUUCCUCAACGAAUUGGAUGCCCCUGUGGAGCCCGCUCCGUUGCCGAAGGUGGUGAAGGAGGGGACGGGUUCGCCCGCGGUGAUGACGACUGUUCCGGGGGUGGGCGGGGUCACUGUGCCUGGAAGGGUGCAGACGCCGACUACCGCUGCUAGCGUUGGAAGUGGGAGUAUCGGGCGGAGUGCGGGUGGGAGUCGAAAUGCGACGCCGGGGUUGGAAGGGAAGGGGCAGGGACAGGGAUUUGGCUCUGCUCAAGGAGGGAAUGAGAGACCGGCACAGAGUGAGACCUCACCGCAGAGUGAUAGCUGGGGCGCCCUCGCAGGCGGCUGGUCAAGCAUCUGGAGUCAGGCCGCUAAAGUCGGUGCAACAGCGACUACAUCAUUAACGAAAGGCCUGGAAUCAGCCAAAGCGAUUGCAGAGGAAACCGCGAAGAGCGUCGCUGCGAACGAGAACGUAAAGGGGAUCAUCAACAGGGAGCAGAUGGCUAAGCUGGGCACAAACCUAUCCCACCUCACCCACACCCUGGUCGACACCAUCGCCCCGCCCAUCCCCGACUCUGAAUCCACCGCCUCCUCGCCACUCGCACCUGUUGUAUCCCUCUACUUCUCCGCCCCCGCCGACCCGGACGUUGGCGAUCUCCGCGAUUUCAUCCUAGCGACGCUACGGGAGAUGUGGAUUGGACGCGUGUGUGAUCGCGUGGCGCUGGAGGGAGUCGAGGGAGGGAGAGUGUGUACAGGAUUGGGGGAGGCUGUGGGGCAGGUCAAGGAAACAAUGGCCCACCUCCACCAGCUCUCCGCCACCUCCGCCACCCCACCCAGCCCCCACCACGCCCACGUCUUCCUUGCCAUCCAGCCUUUCGCACCGGCCCUGCCCACGAAACAGAUCCAAUACUACGUCACCAUGUCCUCGCCGCAAGCCAUCGGCGCCGAAUCGUCACCAUCAUCAUCCCCAUCACCAUCAACAACGGAAGCAUCGGCGAUAUCGCAGAGUGUAGCAGAUGAAGCCACUGGGAGCACUGAUGGGGGUGGUUUAACGCGCAAAUGGGGCCGCCAUCAGAAACGGAGGAUUGUGGAGACGGUUGUGGCGGAUGUCUGUGAGGAGUUUGGGGUUAGGUGUGUUGAUGCACAGGAUGCUGCUCCGACGGUUGGGAAGACGGAUGGGGGCGCGGUGACGCCGGGGGAUGGGGUAGGAGAUGGGAGUGGGGAGAAGGUGGUCUGAACGUGAAUACGAAGAGCGCUGAGAGGCCCGGGGGAUUGGCGAGAGGCUUCGUUAGCCAACAUCAAUAUCAAGUGUACACAUAAUCUUGCCAAAUUUUCCAGAACGAAAAGUGUGCAAUUGCUUCAU